CGGAGUACUGUACAGAUAGGCGCUCUGUUUACAUGCCAACCGCCGGGAUUUCCGCAAUAAGACGCGUUGUCUAAAUCGCAACCGCAGGAGGUUGCGGUGCAGUAUGCUGCCAGUCAGAACGGGAAACCCGAGUACUUUAAUUCCUUUUUUUUGUACCGAUUUUUUGUUUAUUUGAAAUUUUUUGAAUCUUCUUCUGGUUGUUGUAACUUGUGAUAAGGUUUGGAUUUGUUCGAUUGGGAUAUCCAUCCGCAUCAGUAAAUUAUCGCUUGCCUGGACUGCCGGGUCUUUGACGUAUAAAACUAUGUCGCUGGCACGGAAGUUUAUGGUAAUUGGGAAAGUUGUUGAAAAGCUCUCGCCAAAGAUUUCCCUAGUGGAAGUGCAGACAAAUGAGCUCGAUCCAUACCUGCGAAUGUAUUUCGGUCGUUAUAAAGAAUACCGAACGGACGACGGUCCUCACUACACGAAAAUUGGUGAUUACGUUAUGAUCAAAGACAAAAUCAAUCCACAGCGUGUUGAUUUGGUGUAUGAAGUUUCUGAAGUCAUACAUCGAUGCGGCCAGCUAAUGGAUCCUAUAACCAAAAAAAGAGUCGUUACCGAUAAGGAGCGCGUGGAUUUUCUGGAAGAUUUGCGGCAUAUCAACCAGCUGCUGCCUGACUACACAGAGCAGACGGGGCUACGGUAUUCGGAUAACGAUGUGGUCCAUGGCACUCCGCAGCCACCGAGCGACAAGACAAGUUUUCAUUCAUAAAAUUAAUGUCGCAUUGCUGGGUGGUAUGUCGGUGUUGACGUGUUGUGGCACUUGUGUGUAGAUAAAUAAAUGGCUGUAUGUAUUUGAUCUUUUGGGCGAUUCCGUAUUUUGACUUAAGUUGAUGUGACCGGAAGUCCCAGUUGUGCAGUUUCCGAGGAUUUGGAUUUUGGCAUUUCUUACCGUUAGCAGUUAGCAGUGACCGUUUUUCAACUUAGAAAUGUCCAUGAUUGUUUAAGCUACCGGAAUUUGUUCUCUGCUGAACUCGUUCGUAUGCUCUGCAAGUGCAAGUGUGCGUAAUAAAAAGAACU